AUGACGCAAAUUAUUUAUGAUGAUGAUACGACUGUUGUUCCCUUUCUAUUAAUUAAUAAUAAUCAUAAUACUACUAGUAGUAGUAAUCAUCAACAUUCAUCUAGUAGUGGUUCCUUGCUAUUAUUUAAUGAGGAAAUUAAUUGUUCCGAAACUGUGCUUGAUGAUGACAAGUUGAUCAAGAUUUUACAGAGAAAGCCUUUAAGAACCAAUGAAUUAUUUGUGUAUGGUGAUGAAUUUGUUGAAGAACAUGUUUUAAUUGUUGAUUCCCAGUUGCAACAACAAGAAGAAACAGAGCAAAUUGAUCACUUUGUAAAGAUCCCUCACAAAAACAAUAGGAUGAAUGCAUUCUGUAAAGGUGGAGUCUUGUGCAUGAAUAAUAUUGAUCAUCAAGUGAAAAGUAUCAAGUCUACUGUAUUGGAUAUUGAUGAAAAUAUUGAAAAGAUUGAAUCUGGAUCUUGGCAUACUCUAAUUUUAACAAGUAAGAAUAGGAUAUUUGCAAUUGGAAAGAAUGCUGAUUCUCAAUUGAAUAUUAGUAGCACUGUACACUCUACUGUAUACAAACACAUUUUGAAAUUUUGUUUGGAAGAUUUAGAAAUUAAAGACAUUGCUUGUGGUAAAAGAAAUAGUAUGAUAUUGACAAAAGAUGGACAGGUGUAUGGAGUGGGAUAUAAUAUUUAUGGACAGAUUGGAUGUGUCAAUGAUGAAAAUUAUUUGGGAGAGGACUAUUGUAGAGUAAACACACUUUCCAAGACGAGAAUUGAUGAGAAGGUCAAACUACUUGCUUGUGGAUCGUAUCAUACCAUCAUGAUAACAAGAACCAACAAGGUCUAUUUCUGUGGAGAAAUGUAUGGAGAUGUUGAUAUAAAAAUACCAAGUAGACUGACAUUCUUUGAUGAAUUGGUGGAGAGUAAUGAUUAUGUUAUAUUUGCAUCUUGUGGCGAGUUGCAUUCUGUAUUUCUGACAAAAUUAGGACAAGUUUUUGCAUGUGGAAGGAAUUCUUAUGGUCAACUUGGGUUACAAGACUUUAAAUCGAGGUCAGAUAUUACUCUGAUCGAUAAGAAGCACUUUUCCAACCAAUCCAUUUCAAUGAUUGCUUGUGGAUGGAAUCAUACUCUUUUCCUUACUAGGAAUAAUCAGCUUUAUUGUUCAGGAAGAAACAAGCAUGGCCAAUUAGGAUUAGGAGAUUAUUCCGAUAGGAAUAUGCCUACAAGAAUUAACACUGUUAACGAGCUCAUUACUUCAAUUCAUGCAGGAAGAGCAUGUUCUGUAUUUGGAACCAAAAAGGGACACUUUUACAUCACUGGUUCAAGUUAUUGUGAAAAGAUUGAGGGAGACAUUUCUGUACCUCAUAGAAUUCUCUUGCCCAACUCUUUUCUACAAAACCCUUCCUUUUCUUAUCAAUUAUUUACUAGCUCUAAAUCUCGUAGCAUUUAUCUCACUAAGAAAGAGAAUACUAGGCUAGCUUGGACAUUUGCUAGAAUGAAGCGUAGAUUAGUUACAGAUUUUUACACAGAUAUUUCAAUAAUUGUAAAUAAUCCAAAGCCUUUAACGCCUCCACCACAAGAAGUUAUCAUUUUAUAA